AGCAGCAGCAGCACACAGAUAACGCAGCGCCAACGGCAUGCUCCUCACCACCAGAUCUCGGUGCGCCAGUGCGAGGACCAGGACAGCCACAACCACCACAAUCACAGCAACACUACAAUACGUUUUCCUCCACACUUCCGCAUUCCUUCACUCCGACGAUCAACGCAAAGGCCGUCCUCGCUCUCGCUCCCCACAAAGCGGCCUCUCGACUCCCGCUCCCAAAUCUUCCUCUCAAAACAGCUCCAACUCCAACUCCCAUUCUUCAUCCUCCUCCUCCUCCUCCUCUGCCUCCCCUUUCUACCUCGCUUCUGGCUACUCCGGCUGGGCUAAGCGGCCCUCUCGCCCUUUCCCUCCUCCCUUCUUCUCUCCACCCAGCGGUUCCUUCAGCGACCCGCUCUCCACACACCACCGCAGCGUCGACCGCGUCGAUGGCCAGAUGAUCCGCGGCGUUACGAAUGGGGAUGAUGCGAUUUUGGCCGAGAAGAAUUUGAUUCUUGCAAACGAUGGGGUGGGGGCGUGGGCGACGAGGGAGAGAGGGUGUGCUGGAUUAUGGAGUCGGCUGAUUGGGCAUUUUCUGGCGGUGGAGGUGGAGGAGAAGAGCCUGGGUGAUGGGGAGGGCGAGGGAAAUGGGGAGCCGGAUUUGGUCGGGUGGUGUGCUGGGGCUUAUGAGAGGACGAAGGAAGUGUUGAUGAGGGAAGGGGAGGAGUGGUUGGGGACUACGACUGUGAGCGCGGCAUUGUUACAUUAUCGUGGGAAAGGAGGGGCUCAGCAGCCGGUGUUGUAUGUGAUACAGCUGGGCGAUUGUAGGGUGAUGGUUGUGAGGGCCACAGAGAAGGGAGAAAAUAACGAAGUCAAGGAUCCAGAAGUGGUGUUUUCAACGAAAGAGCAGUGGCAUUAUUUCGAUUGUCCGAGACAAUUAGGAACAAACUCUCCCGACACUCCUGAAGAAAAUGGCGUUGUGGAUAAAGUCGACAUCACGGAAGAAGACAUCAUCCUGGCGAUGAGUGAUGGAGUCACAGACAAUCUGUGGGAAGAGGAGAUCGCAGACCACGCAGUUGGUGCUCUGCAAAAGUGGAAAGAGAAUUUCAGUUCUUCAGAGCAAGGAGGAAAUAACGUGGCCGAAGCGAUGAAGUACGUCGCGCAGGAAAUCGUGUUGUCAGCUCGGAAAAUUGCAGAAGAUCCCUUUGCUGCAUCGCCGUUCAUGGAAAAGGCUGUGGAAGAAGGUCUUGCUAUUGAAGGUGGAAAAAUGGACGACAUCUCUGUUGUUGCCGCCAUGUGUAGACGACGAAAGGGUUGAAAGCUCUCCGGUGCAUUGCACGUGUCUUGAUCCAGCUUGCUUGUGAGACAGACAUGCUCGCAGGGGGGCAUACAGUGCAGAACUCGAGGAUUCCAAUAUGUGGUGGGCCAACGAACUCACGAGGAGACCAACCAAUUUUCUCGAAAAAGAAAGCAGUGAGGCUUCCAGGCCAUGCCUCCGGUCGCGAUAUGGCUCCGCCUUGGUUCUUGUGCAUAGCAGAACAGCUGCCAGGAAGCACUUCUUCAGAGCGAGCCGACCCCGUUGAGCCCCUUUAGCGACAUGGUUGCCAUCAGCGAGGUGUUCUCAUCGAGUCUAGAUAACUUCCAGCCUCGACACUACUCGAACGUGUGUUGUUUUUCAGCCUCAGGCGGGAAAGCAAACAUCGCACGAGCCUCCCCGAGCUGCCUCCUGUCACAUUGCUCCAGUGUGCUGCCAGCCACCAAGGGCGAUGUUAUCUGGAAGCUUUGAAUUGAUCUGUGAUCAUGUCUCGUGCCACUAGCUGGCGUUCGAAUCAUGAUUGAUGCACUCACAUUGGAAGUUUUGCUCUAAAAGCAUGACGAACGCCUCUGGUUAACAACGACCCGAGACCGAGACCAUUUCAGGCUGAAUUGGUGUUACUUACACCGAGAGUGAAUAGAAGUAAAUUCAUCUGCCCGAACUCGUGCGCAGAGCGGAAGCCGUACCCGGAGCUCAUAGUGGGCAGUGGGUAGUGGGGAGCUCCCAUGCGGGCGUGAAAGCUCCCUCAAAAGCUGGAGCCGAUGUACAUGACGGGCAAUGCUUCCCCGUCUAAUUAAUACCAUCAUUCACUCUAGAGAGAAACACGAGAUCAGCCCCGACAAUGUCCUCCCUCACCAUCACCUCUAUCACCACGCGUGACGUUCGCUUUCCCACCUCCCUCGACAAGACGGGCAGCGAUGCCAUGAAUGCUGCAGGAGACUACUCGGCCGCCUACUGCAUCAUCCACACCACCUCUCCUUCCCUCUCCGGCCACGGUAUGACCUUCACCAUCGGUCGCGGGAACGACAUUGUCUGCCACGCCAUCACCGCCCUCUCCGAACGCAUCAUCGGCAAAACCCUCUCUUCCUUGACCUCCAAUUGGGGUCAAACCUGGAGAUACCUCGUCUCCGAUUCCCACCUCCGAUGGAUCGGCCCCGAAAAGGGUGUCAUCCAUCUCGCGCUUGGAGCGGUCGUGAAUGCGAUUUGGGAUCUGUGGGCGAAAGAGCUGGGGAAGCCGGUGUGGAGGAUUGUGGCAGACAUGUCACCCGAGGAGUUUGUGCAGUGUAUUGAUUUCCGAUACAUCACGGAUGCCAUUACACCGAAGGAAGCGGUGGACAUGUUGAAAGAGAUGGAAGCUGGGAAGAAAGAGAGGAUUGUGGAAGCGGAAAAGAAUCGUGCGGUACCGGCGUAUACGACGAGUGCGGGGUGGUUGGGAUAUGGGGAGGACAAGAUGAGGUCUCUGUUAGAGGAGACGGUGCAGCAGGGGUAUAAACAUUUCAAAGUGAAGGUGGGAACGGAUGUGGAGGUAGAUCGGAAGCGAUUGGGGAUUGCGAGAGACGUGAUUGGGUAUGACAAAGGAAACGUCUUGAUGGUGGAUGCAAACCAGGUAUGGAGUGUUCCCGAAGCGAUUGAGUAUAUGGGACAUUUGGCCGAAUUCAAGCCCUGGUUCAUCGAAGAACCCACUUCACCAGAUGAUGUAUUUGGACACAAGCAAAUCCGCGAAGCGCUCCGACCCUUGGGAAUUGGCGUCGCCACGGGAGAAAUGUGUCAAAACCGCGUCAUUUUCAAACAACUGAUUGUACAAGGCGCCAUUGACGUCUGUCAAAUCGACGCGUGCCGGAUGGGCGGUGUCAACGAAGUCUUGGCCGUCCUCUUGAUAGCGAAAAAGUACGGUGUCCCCAUUGUGCCGCAUUCGGGCGGAGUGGGUUUACCCGAGUACACGCAGCAUUUGAGCACGAUUGAUUAUGUGGUCGUGUCUGGGAAGCUGUCGGUAUUGGAAUAUGUGGAUCAUUUGCACGAGCAUUUUUUGCAUCCUUCAGUGAUUCGGGAUGGUUACUAUACGACGCCGACGGAAGCUGGAUAUUCGGUGGAGAUGAAGGCGGAGAGUAUGGAUCGGUAUGAAUUUCCGGGGAAAGAGGGUGUGAGUUGGUGGAGGACGGAGGAGGCGAGACCGAUUUUGGAGGGGGCGAGGAUAUGAUUAUGUAUUUC